AUGAGCUUCGAAGAGCAAGAGGACAGAGACGGAGUGCGUCUCUCAUGGCACAAUGUGCCCAAAUCAAAGCUCCAGAGUCAGCACAACAUCGUUCCACUUGCCGCCUUUUACACUCCUUUUAAUAAUAAGUCUCCCGUGAUCCGAUUGCCUGUUCUGCACUUUCAACUGUGCCGCCAGUGUAAGGCUAUCUUAAACCCGUUUGUCUCGAUACACUCAAAUCAACCAGAGGUAUGGCGCUGUCAAUUCUGUGGAUUCGGCAAUAGACUACUUGUUGCAGAGGACGGCUCCUAUUCUCAUGGCAUCCAGCCUGAAAGCACUACAGUUGAGUAUUCUACAGGAAAAACCGCCUCGCUUCCACCGAUCUUCUUCUACUGCAUUGAUACCUGCUUUGAGUAUGAAGAUGUCGCCGAUGCAUUUGCUCAAUUGAAAGAGUCUAUCCUUCUAUCGUUAUCAUAUCUACCCUCAAAUACCUUGGUGGGCUUCGUGACGUUUGGAAAACACGUACAGCUACACGACUUACUGGUUUCCAACCGCAGUUACACUUUCAAUGGGGCCAAGGACUACGAACUCAAGAAUAUCGAGACUAUUUUGGGUCUCAAUGUUGGCAUGGGAGUACAGAGGAAUCGAGCUCAAUUGAGCCCAGCUGCUCAAAGGUUUUUGCAGCCAAUCGAAAUUGCGGAGUAUCAACUUUCCACCAUUAUCGAUAGACUUUCAAACAACACCUUCCCACGGCCUCAUCCCAAUUAUAGACCAGAACGUGCAGUGGGUUGUGCUUUGAAAAUCAGUUCGUUGGUUCUUCAAGCCAUUUUGGGCAAGGGCUGUGCCACUGGGGGCCACCUCAUGUGCUUCAUAGGCGGCGUGGCAACUUACGGACCGGGCAAGAUAGUGGGAACUCCUCUCAAAGAGCCAAUACGUUCACACCACGACAUUGAUAAGUCUCUGCACACCCAACUUCCAAAUUUAUCCAAUGGAGUGGCAAAAGUCGAUUUACUGCUCUACAAACGGGCAAAGAUUUUUUACGAAACGAUUGCACGUAUGCUUGUGGAUAUGGGCAUCAGCUGCGAUAUAUUUAUUGGAAGCUAUGAUCAAGUUGGCUUGUCCGAAAUGGAUGAGGUGGCGGCUGCCACGGGGGGUGUUGUUGUGAUGAGUGAUUCCUUCAGCACUGGAAUUUUCAAGCAGAGUUUAAUUCGGUUUUUGAGGCCUGAGGCAAACAACGAGGAUGAUGAUGCAGACAACGAAAUGGCUCUUAAUGCUACUUUGGAAUGCAGAGUGACUAGUGACUUACAGAUACAAGGAUUGAUAGGACACGCCACGUCGCUUCCUCUUAAAAAAGAUAACACGGCCUUGAACUCAAGUGUAUCUCCCUUAAGUAUUGGGCAAGGUAACACCAAUUCAUGGAAACUUUGCGGGGUGAAUCACCAGUCCACAUACGCCAUAUAUUUCGAUAAACUUGAUUCGCCACGUCCAGGGAACGCCUCCAUUCAGCUCAUCUUUCACUACGAGAGUCUCUCUGGAGAAAAGAGAGUCCGGGUCACCACUAUACCAUUGGGUGUGAUCCCUGAUACCGACCAUACGAAUCUUGAAGCUGGAUUUGAUCAAGAGGCAGGCUUCAUGGCCAUAGCUCGAAGCUCAGUUGACAAAUUACAAACGCAGGUAUUCAACAGUACAAAAACAGCAUACGACCAUACCGACGUGGCUAAGCAUCUCGACAAGAUUGUUGUUGACUUCUGCGCACGUUUUGGGGUUUAUCGCAAGAAGCAGCUAGAUUCAUUUUGUUUAUCACACAAGUUCUCCUUUUUGCCGCAGUUUGUGUACCAUUUACGUCGAUCUCCCUUUAUCCGGGUCUUCAACAACUCCCCCGAUGAAACCAGCUACAUACGACACGUGCUUAUGCACGAGGACCUCAUUAACUCGCUCAUUAUGAUUCAGCCCACGCUUUACUCAUACGAUAUUGAAAAAUUCGGAGCCGAGGAUCCAGAAACUGGAGAAAUAAACGGAGACCCAGAGGUCGUCCCACUUGACUCCAUGUCUCUUGGACACACCAAGAUCCUUCUCCUUGACACAUUCUUUCACAUUCUCAUAUAUCACGGAUCUACGGUAGCACAGUGGAGAAAGGCCAACUACCAUAAUAUGGAGGGUUACGAACAUUUUAGGGAAUUCCUAGAAGCGCCCAAAGAGGAGGCUCUAGAGAUUUUGAAAGACCGUUUUCCGUUACCCAGAUUCAUUGACUGUGACGACGGAGGAUCACAGGCACGGUUUCUUAUGGCCAAACUCAACCCGUCGACCAGCUACUCUUCCAACCCCAACCACAUGUAUGGUGGCCAGUUUGACGUGAUGACCGACGAUACCAGUCUCCAGCUGUAUAUAACGCAGAUACAGCGGCUUGCAGUCACCAAAUAA